AUGACCUGCGACUUGUCGCUGUUUCUCUGGGGCUGGUGUUGGGAUUGGGAUGACAAUGCUGAUGAUGAAAACUUGCAGAUGGCCCGCGAUCUCGACGCAACAUUCAUGAAUCCAAAUCCGACUCGGGCUACCCCUUCUCCAAUGCCACCUCCUCAAGGCUCCGAUUGGUCUCCGUGGGCUCCAGCGGCAGGAAUCCACGCAGUGCAAGCCCGCACUCCUUCUCCAAUGCCUCCCAGACUCCCUUCUCCACCGAGAGAUGGCUCAUUGACCGUCCCAUUACCAUCCAUUUCCGCACUGACUGCCGCGAUGAGUACUGUCACAUCCCCCAACCACGACCCACAGCUCCAGCUUGCUUGGGCACGCGAUGUUAUGUUCCUCGUCGACCGGACUCCCUCAUUAUCGACAUCGCCCCUUGCACUAGCCGCUGUCCCACUUCUCCUCACUCUUGCAUCGACCCAUAACCUCCCUGAAGCACUUUUUCUUCGAGCGACAUUUGCGUCAUCUGGAGCCUACCCUAAUUUUAUCCCUCAAAACCCACGAGCCGCUUUCCGUGACUUCGAAACUGCCGCUCGGGCAGGUUACAGUGCUGCCUGGUUUCGCCUAGCCAGAGACUAUGAACAGUUCAACGAUACAACCCAUGCCCUCGACUGUCUUAACCGUGGAGCGAAAGCCCGUGACCCAGCGGCCCUCCACCGACUUGGCACCGCCCAUCUUCUCGCACAGCUCGGACUAUCGACCGAUUUGAACACUGCAUUACCUUAUCUCCACCAGGCCGCUUGUAGGGCCAGCUUACAAUGUCCCCAACCCGCCUAUGUUUUCGCUCUCAUCUUACUUGGCGAGUUUACCGCUGCCAGCGUCCCGCUUCCAUCGCUUGUUCAGUUUCUGCCUCCCGGCCAGUCUCACGAAGUUUAUGCGAAAGCAAUGUUGGAACGAGCGGCAGGAUUGCAUUUCGCUCCGGCGCAGUACAAGCUCGGCCACGCGUUUGAAUUUGCUGUGCCGCCAAGCGCUUUCCCAUUCGACCCAUUACUAAGCGUCCAAUGGUACAGUCUCGCAAGUCAAGCAGGGGAGGCCGAAGCCGACAUGGCGCUCAGCAAGUGGUUUUUGUGCGGAGCAGAGGGUGCGUUCGAGAAAGACGAAAGUUUAGCGCGGACUUUUGCGACUAAAGCAGCUGCAAAGGGGCUUCCUUCAGGCGAGUUCGCGAUGGGUUAUUAUUGCGAAGUCGGCAUUGGUGCGCCGAAAGAUGUUGCCGAAGCAAGGGACUGGUACAGCAAGGCAGCCGGUCACGGAAACUCUGACGCCCCAGAACGACUAAAGGCCUUACAGCAACCGACCCCACAGACACUGGGUCGUUCUGAACACGAUGCAUUGACUGAAAAUAAACUUGUUCGAAAACGAACGCAAGCAAGGAUACGAAGCGAAGGCGUGGGGGGAGGAAUGCCCGGUGGACUGACUUCCGAGCCGGAAUCGUUUUCAAACCCACAUCCUGAGAUGCCCGAUCCAUAUGGCGUUGGAAGGGGACGAGGUCAAGCAUCGGGUCAAGGACCUCCAUCGGCUUAUCGACCACAACAAGGUCCACCACCCCCAGAUAGAAGAACACGUGUGAUGGAGUUGGCGAGGAAGAGCUCGAUUGCUGAGGGCCCUGGUCCUGGAGCACACUAUCGAAUGGGAAGCGCAGGAGGAUUCGAUUAUCGACAAGGAGGGGCAGGUCAGGGCGGCUAUGGGUCACCCGCGCCCGUCGGUCCGGGUCAAGUCUAUGGAUCCCCAAAUUCAAGGCCAAAACCCUUACCUGGACAAGGCAGCGGCAGAAUGCCCCAAGCUCAACCACAGCAGCAGCAAAGACUGCACCCACGAGAAGGAAGUUUACCUCCUCAACAACAGCCUCCGUCACGACCUGGAACAGGCGCUGGAAGGGGAUUCGCACUCAACGACCCUGGCAAUGGAAAUCGACCGACAAGUGCCGCCGGCUCCAUCGCAUCGACAAAUGGACGACUUGCUGGCACGCCUCCAUUAAGGAGGCCCGGUACUGCAAACUCCGGAGCGCCUCCCGCGAAUCAAAACGGCAACGGAAAGCAAAAUCCAAGCCAAAAUGGAGACACGAGUGGAUUCAUCACCACAAAGACGGGCGGUGGUGGGCCUGCGACGUUUGCUGAGAUGGGUUUCACCGGCGCGAAAGCCGAAGACAAAGAGUGUGUUAUUAUGUGA